AUUCUUAACUUUGUCACGAAAACAAAAAUCUAUGCUUUUUCAUAUUUCUCAAUGUUCUCACACUUUCAAAGAAUAUAUUAGCUUAGUCACUUACUUAUUUUUUUUUUACAAAACAAAGUAUCGGAGUCUUGAAAGUUGAAUCCAUAUUAUUGUAAAUUUACAUAAGAGUUUGUGAUUACAUAUUUAGUGAUUUUUGUAUAUGUGUCCAAGAAGGUUUCAAUGGCUUAGUGGUAUAUGCUCUAUAUUUAUGUCGUACUAACCCGGGUUCGAUCCUUUCCUUUGCAUUGUUUUUUUCAUUUUUUACGAAAAAAUAAAUGAGAUGACAUGGCAAGUUCGGACUCUCUGAUUGGACGAUUUUUUGUGCUUACGUAGACACCCUAAGAGGAGCUUAUAUCCCCUUUUAGUAUAGUAUAUAUAGAUAUCAUGAAAAGUAAAAAUAACUGAUGGAAAUGAAAAUAGGCCCAUUAAUGGGCUAAUAGUAAUCAAAAUAAGCCCAUUAAUGGCUCAAUAGGCAUGCUCAAAAGCUCAGACAAGCAAAAACAAGACAUCCUAAAAAGUAGAAAUCAUUUGCGCGAUUCGAGAGAUCUGCUCUGCUUGAUUAGAUUUCGAUUCCCUAGGGUUGUGGAUUUCAGAUCAUGGAAGACGAUGACGACUACGUGGAGUAUGUUCCAGUGGCUAAGCGUAGAGCGAUGGAAGAGCAGAAGGUCCUUCAACGGAAGGGAAAGGUGUUAGAGCUAGAGGAAGAAGCCGAGAAGGAGAAGCUCGCCGAAUCCAAACCCAGCUUGCUAGUUCAAGCAACUCAGCUCAAGAAAGACAUACCCAAAGUCAGCGCUACGGAGCAGAUCAUUCUACAAGAGAAGGAGAUGAUGGAGCAUCUCUCCGAUAAGAAGACGCUGAUGUCUGUUCGCGAGUUAGCCAAAGGUAUCACUUACACAGAGCCUUUGUUAACAGGCUGGAAACCUCCUUUGCACGUUAGGAAGAUGUCUAGGAAGCAGAUGGAUUUGAUUAGGAAGCAAUGGCAUAUCAUUGUUAGUGGUGAAGAGAUUCCUCCUCCAAUCAAGAACUUCAAGGAUAUGAAGUUUCCCAGAGCUGUUUUGGAUACUCUCAAGGAGAAAGGGAUAGUGCAGCCGACUCCUAUUCAAGUCCAGGGCCUUCAUGUGAUUUUAUCAGGAAGGGAUAUGAUUGGGAUUGCGUUCACUGGUUCCGGGAAAACUUUGGUUUUCGUGCUUCCUAUGAUCAUGAUUGCUCUCCAGGAGGAGGAGAUGAUGCCUAUUGGUCCUGGAGAAGGUCCCAUUGGGCUCAUUGUUUGCCCGUCUAGAGAGCUAGCUAGGCAGACUUAUGAAGUUGUUGAACAGUUUGUGGCUCCUUUGGUUUAGGCUGGAUACCCGCCUUUGAGGUCUUUGCUGUGCAUUGGAGGCGUGGAUAUGAGGUCCCAGUUGGAUGUUGUCAAGAGAGGUGUUCAUAUUGUUGUUGCAACCCCUGGGAGGUUGAAGGAUUUGCUCGCCAAGAAAAAGAUGAGCUUGGAUUCCUGCAGGUACCUGACGUUGGAUGAGGCAGAUAGGUUGGUUGAUUUGGGUUUCGAAGAUGACAUUAGGGAAGUCUUUGACCACUUUAAGUCUCAGCGUCAAACGCUUCUCUUUUCUGCCACGAUGCCCACCAAAAUUCAAAUAUUUGCCAGAAGUGCUCUUGUGAAGCCUGUGACAGUUAACGUGGGAAGAGCCGGAGCUGCAAAUCUAGACGUCAUCCAGGAGGUUGAGUACGUCAAACAAGAAGCAAAGAUUGUUUACCUCCUCGAGUGCCUGCAGAAAACCUCUCCACCGGUUCUUAUAUUCUGUGAGAACAAAGCUGAUGUUGAUGAUAUCCACGAGUACUUGUUACUGAAAGGAGUGGAAGCUGUGGCUAUACAUGGAGGAAAAGAUCAGGAGGACAGAGAGUACGCCAUCUCUUCAUUCAAAGCUGGGAAGAAAGACGUCUUGGUCGCGACUGACGUUGCUUCUAAAGGGUUAGAUUUCCCUGAUAUACAACACGUGAUAAACUACGAUAUGCCUGCGGAGAUUGAGAACUAUGUGCAUAGGAUAGGAAGAACAGGCCGGUGUGGGAAAACUGGGAUAGCUACUACGUUUAUAAACAAGAACCAAAGCGAAACCACACUGCUUGAUCUGAAACACUUGUUGCAAGAAGCUAAACAGAGGAUUCCGCCUGUCCUUGCUGAGCUGAAGGAUCCAAUGGAAGAAGCAGAGACCAUUGCUAAUGCAAGUGGUGUCAAGGGUUGUGCUUACUGUGGCGGUCUCGGACAUCGUAUUAGGGACUGUCCAAAACUGGAGCACCAGAAGAGUGUGGCAAUAUCUAAUUCUAGAAAAGACUAUUUUGGCUCUGGUGGAUACAGGGGAGAGAUAUAAUUUGGUUCCUCUGAUGUUGAGAUUUAUUGGCUCGAUCCUGUCCUACUUUUGACUUCUCAUCUGGAUAGUUUAUUCACCGUCUAAGAGGAAACACAGGUCUAGUGAUACUGGCAAAUGUAUGGGUCUGUAAUUUCAAGUUUUGUAUCCUUUAAAAUUUCUGUAUUCUGUGAUAAACAAAACUGUCGACGGAAACAAGACCUGUAGGGAGUAUAAGCUUUUUGUUACGUAUUCAAAUUGAUGUUUUCACCGUA